AGUCUAGGGACGAGCGUGCACUGGGCUGUCUGGGCAGAGGACACAGUGAGAAGCUAUUCUACGCAUAAUAUAAAAAAUAGAUAAAUAUACUGUACUUACAUACCUAAUACAGCAGUUGUAAAUACAUGACAUAGUGUCUAUAUAUUUAUAUUCAUUCAUUUGUUUUUUAAAUAGACUGUAGGUACCGUACCUGCAUGCACAGGCGUAAUCCUAUCUGUGAACGGCAACAUGACACCCUCAGACGUUGCGAUAGUGCGCCAGACAUCGCGCACCAUUGAGCAGGCAUCUCGCCAAAUUUCACGCGAUGACAAAUUGACACAUGUUCUGUCACCUCGUUCAAGACAUGUUAACGGACAACUUGAUACAAGCUUGGAGGGGACCGCUAGUGCAUGCAUCACACCUCACACACCUCGAACUAUUCGUACAAGGACAGAAGUCGAUCAAACAAAACCAAAUAGGUUCAAGAUCGUGCCGUUAAAUAGCGACGGUAGACCGCUAAGCGUACCGACUUACGCACCCAAUGUGGCAGAGAGCUCUUUUGAUUCUGAAACAAGUAGAUUCCACUCAGCUCGAAAUCUGUAUGUACCAGCUUCAGGUAUACCUAUGCGUAGGAACAGUUCAACACCGGUGGAGGAAGGUUUCCGGCACUUUGCGCCAGAACACACCUUUAGCUCACGAUGGGGGGACGACAAUACUGCUACCAUCGGAUAUUCAGAAACAAAUGUAAACAAGGACACGUGCACACGCACGGGAAGUGACCCGAUUGUUCGAAGUGCACCUCAGUCACCCUGGAUGGUACGCGAUGGCCGUAGUGCUGGAAGGUUCACAGUCACAGCCCUGGAUACAAAAGUGAGCGCAGACGAUCUGUAUGAUAGGUCUGGUUUGCGGUCCAACCAGUCCGCACCUCAGCGUAGACUGAACAGUGUGGAUUCAGUUCACGAAAGCCUAAAGGGCAGUUGCCUCCCAAGGCCUCCGACUAACACUAACCAGGUAACGUACGGCAGGAGUGCGAGCAUCUCGGGCGGAUGCGCAUCUGGGGUGGUCCGAGCUCACGCAGACACGUGUAGCUCCAUCUCGCCCGAGUCUCGAGAUACCAUACCCAUCAAACUACAGCGAUCCAAGCUGGUCCCAGAUACAGAAGCAAACACUAUAUCGGAGGGUAUCAAGCAGCCUCAGCACCCACACCGCGGACGAUUGCAUCAACACAUGCCACCUCCAUUGGUAGUCAAUAAAGACCUGCCGACUGGCCGUGCAGGGCAUACCAAGGCAGACGGUCCAAGGCACCCCUCGACACCCACGUGUGUUAGUGGGGCGGUGCGAAAAAUGCCUGCGAACACCAAGCGGACUUCUCGGGGAAACGCGCAAGCACCCACGCAAAUGGUUACAAACACAGAGACGAGCACGUCGGUGGACUUUGAUGAGAUGGCACACGCCGGAGCCUCAGCCCCGGCCAAUCAGAGCUUCCCCUCUAAACGCAUGUCACUGCCGAUAGCGAUUACAGAGGAGGUUGUAGUAUCAACGCCACACGUAGUAGGCUUGAGUGGUUUGCCUGAGGGCAACACUUCAGCUCAGGACGACGGGGCCACAUACGGCACGCGAACAGCAAAUGUGGCUGUACCAUCACAGACGGAUACACUGAUGCGGGAGAUGUUGGAUGUCAUUAAAGAGCAGCGACAGGAGAUGAGGGAUGUUUCGGCCUCAGUGCUGGCGCUCCAGGCGCAGAUGCAGAUGCAAGCGGAUGUGGCCAAUGCACGGAUAGACGCGUUGCAAGAGGUGUGUCAGCAGCAGAGUGCGCUGCUGCGACAGUUGGCGAGGGAGCAUAAGGGGGCCAACGACGAUGACGUGUGUGUACAGAGUAUGAUGAAUGCGAUUGUCACGCAGGGGUUUGAUAUAGACUGUCUCAGGGCAGAGAACAAGAUACUCCGAUCAGCGAAGUGUGUGUGACGGGGAUGGGAUAGAACAAGAAAUAUAGUAUGAUUAUUAGCAAAGUAAAAAAUACGAAGUUAAUGUUAAUAGCAACAUAAAGUAUACGCAGUCAAUAUCAAUAGCAAAAUAAAGUAUAUACAGUCAA